UCAUUUGGAAAUUAGUCAAUACAAUAAAAAUCCAAUAGUUUCUGUUAAGGCGUGCUUGUUUUAAUUUAAUUUUUGUUUGUAUUUAGUUUAAUUUUUGUAAAUUAUUCUAUUUGUUAUUUAAACGCAAGUGUUUGUUUUACCAAACACUGAAGUAAUAGUGCAAGUGGAAAAUGUUUGCAACGAGUGCUCUGGCCAGGAGCUUGUUGUUUUUUGUAUUGGUCUUGUUUGUGGGUGUGUUCGCACAAUUUGAGUGGCAAGCCCGUGAUGCUUUCGAUGAAAUUAAAAUAAAAUAUGACAAAGUUAAUCCCGACAAUUGUCCCAUACAACAUGUUAGUGAUUUGUAUUUGCCAGAGGACACGGUGUCACACAAGCCAGACAUUAAGGAAAUCAAUAUAAAUCCCAUAUUUCCAAAUCGUACCGCACUGUUGCAUUUACACAACAUGGCGUUGAGUAGAAGUUUCUUUUGGAGUUACAUUUUACAGUCGCGUUUCAUAAGACCUGCCAUCAAUGAUACUUAUGAUCCGGGCAUGAUGUACUACUUCCUCUCUACCGUGGCCGAUGUCUCUUCGAAUCCUUCAAUUAACGCUUCUGCUAUUUAUUUUGCUCCCAACAGCUCGUAUACCUCCUCGUACAGAGGUUUCUUCAAUAAAACCUUUCCCCGUUUUGGGCCACGUACUUUCCGUCUUGACGAUUUCAACGAUCCCAUACAUCUACAAAAGAUUUCCACUUGGAAUACAUUUGAUGUCAGAGAUUUGGGAGCCCAUCCUCCGGAGUCUGUUUCGAAAGAUUAUACUUCCGAUUUGUAUAAAAUAAAUGAAUGGUAUAAGAAGUGGUUGCCCGAUGAUGUGGAGCGACGUCACGACACAAAGACUACGUAUCAAGUGGAAAUUCGUUAUGCUAAUAAUACAAACGAAACCUUUACAUUCCAUGGACCGCCAGGUGCUGAUGAAGAUCCUGGACCUAUCAAAUGGACUAGACCGUAUUUCGAUUGUGGUCGUUCCAAUAAGUGGCUAGUGUCGGCAGUAGUGCCAAUUGCUGAUAUUUAUCCCAGACAUACACAGUUCAGACAUAUUGAAUAUCCAAAAUACACUGCCAUUGCUGUACUCGAAAUGGAUUUUGAAAGGCUUGAUAUAAAUCAAUGUCCCAAGGGUGAAGGUAAUAAGGGGCCAAAUCAUUUUGCCGAUACAGCACGAUGUAAAAAAGAAACUACAGAAUGUGAACCACUGCACGGUUGGGGCUUCCGGCGCGGUGGUUAUCAAUGUCGUUGUAAGCCUGGACAUCGACUGCCUAACGUUGUAAGGCGACCCUAUUUGGGUGAAAUAAUAGAAAGAGCUUCCGCUGAACAGUAUUAUAACGACUAUGAUUGUCAAAAAAUUGGCUGGAUUCAAAAGAUACCCAUACAGUGGGAGAAAGCACCCUACCAUGUACGACAGAAAUAUUUAGAUUUACAUCAAGAAUAUCGUAAUUAUUCAACUGGUGCCUCAUCUUUGCAUACUGAAAAUGUAAAUAUUGAUCAAGCCUUAAAGUUUAUACUUAGUGUUAAUUACAGAACAUGUAAAGAUUUUCAUCCACAAGAUUUAAUUUUACGUGGUGACGUAAGUUUUGGCGCUAAAGAACAAUUCGAAAAUGAAGCUAAAAUGGCUGUACGUCUUGCUAACUUUAUAAGUGCUUUUCUGCAGGUUUCUGAUCCCAAUGAAGUAUAUUCGGGCAAACGUGUGGCCGAUAAACCACUUACCGAAGAUCAAAUGAUUGGUGAAACAUUGGCUAUUGUUUUGGGUGACACAAAAGUCUGGUCGGCUGCCACACUUUGGGAACGCAAUAAAUUCACCAAUCGUACAUAUUUCGCACCCUAUGCCUAUAAAACUGAAUUGAAUACACGCAAAUUUAAGGUUGAGGAUAUAGCGCGGUUAAACAAGACACAUGAGCUGUACACGGAAAGGAGUUAUUUCAAGUUUUUAAAACAACGCUGGUCGACCAACUUUGAUGAUUUGGAGACCUUUUAUAUGAAAAUCAAAAUUCGGCACAAUGAGACAGGUGAAUACAGUCAGAAGUAUGAGCAUUACCCUAAUUCGUAUCGUGCGGCGAGCUUGAAACAUGGCUAUUGGACACAACCACAAUUUGAUUGUAAUGGUUAUGUUAAGAAAUGGCUUGUGACCUAUGCGGCACCCUUUUUUGGCUGGGAUAGCCUUAAAGUUAAACUGGAAUUCAAAGGUGUGGUAGCUGUUUCUAUGGACAUGUUACAAUUGGAUAUAAACCAAUGUCCAGACUGGUAUUAUGAACCAAAUGCCUUCAAAAAUACCGACAAAUGUGAUGAGAAAACAUCAUAUUGCGUUCCUAUUAAGGGUCGUGGCUAUGAAACUGGUGGCUAUAAAUGUGAGUGCCUGCAGGGCUAUGAAUAUCCCUUCGAAGACUUAAUCACCUAUUACGAUGGUCAAUUGGUGGAAGCUGAAUUCCAAAAUAUUGUUGCCGACAAGGAAUCACGUUAUGAUAUGUUUAAAUGUCGUUUAGCCGGGGCCUCAGCAAUACAAGCUGCCACCUCAUUAAUCAUUGCACUUUUGGGUUUAACACUGGUUUUACUAUAUAAAUUCAGAUGAAAAGCUUUAUACAAAGGUAAAAAAUAUUUGUGUUCUUUUUUAGCAUUACGCAAAAAAAAGAGUAAAACAAAAUAACAAGUAGUUUUGUAGUUUAUUUAGUAACUAAGUAAGAAACGAAUCCGUCCAAAAAAUAAGCAACUAUCUCAAAUAUCAAAUGAAGAUUAAAUUAUAUGUAUAUGUAUAUAUUAAACAAGAUCAGUUAGAGUACAAAAAAAAAAAAAAUCUUGUCACUCAUGUGCCUUCCUUCCUUCACAAUAUAGUUGAGAUAAUUUUUCUUCCUUCAACUAAUAUUUUAUAGCUGCAUGUUGGUUUUUUUCUUUUUGUGAAUUUUUAUUUAAAUAGAAGAAAACAUUGUCAUCAUUUAUCCAAAGCGAUUAAGUUGUAGACACAAUCUAUUACAAUGAAUCUCAUUAUUUGUCAUGCUUUUUUGUGUGUCGAAAUAAAUAAACAACAACAAAAAUUGCUGUUUUUUUUAAUUUCAUCAAGGCAUCAUAUAACUCAUGUUCAAAAUUAUACACACUCUGCAGAAACUCUCAUAGAAAAAGAAAUAGUUAAAAAAGCCGAAAUACCAUUAAAAAAAAUCUACAACGCCUCUCUUUAGCUCAUAUUACUUUGCAUUUUGUGAAAACUUUUACGCUGCUUCUUUAGCUGCCCAAACAACAAAAAGCACAAAACGGAAAUUGUGAAAAAAAUAUUUGAAAAUAAUUGAAAAAAUGGGAGAGAAAUACAAAAAUUCUUUUGGUUUUAAAAAACUACAAAAUCUGUUUUUAAUAUCCAUGAAGUUUUGCUUGCAAACAAACCAACAGCUGUGUCUGUAGCUUCAUCUUCUCUGCAGCAGUCAUAGUAGACAACUGCAACAACAAUAACGAAACGCUACAGAAAAGCUACAAUCAAAAAGGAAAAUAACAACGGCACUGAAACCUGUUAAUAUCAUAAAGUAUCUUAAGAUUGCCAAGAAAUCGUUGCAAGUAGCAGAGAAACUUUGACUGGAUGAGGUACACAAACAUCAGCCUUGAGUGAGAGGAGGGUUGUUACUUGGGUUUUUUGCACCCCUUCUUUAAUGGUCACCACCACAACACGCAAUGACCGUUAAGAAUUUUUAUAUAAAGUUUUUUUUUUUUGCUUCUUUCUUUCAUGUGUGCAUUAAUUUUGAUUUUUUCAUUUUUCAUUAAUAAAGGAACUUCCUCUAUUAGAAAAAUGACGGGGUUUCUUUUUUCAUUGCGAUCACUUUUUUUCAUACAGGCCUUUUUGUUGUUGUGCCUUGAUGAUGCCGAUGAUCAUCCUCAUCUUUUAUUAUUAUCAUAGCCUGAGAACUUUUUCUACAAAAACUGUUCUUUGAAAGAGAUCCUUUUGCAAAAAACCAGUUUACCACUUGGUUUUGGUCAUAGCAAAUUUCCAAAAAAAUCGUAUAUACAUAUUUUUUUAUGAUGAUUUAAAAAAAAGCGUUUUUUCCAAACAUUUGAUAUCAAAAAAAGAAAAAAAAACUUACGGCUGCUGUCUAAUAUUUGUUUCAAAAUAUUUUCACACAUUUUUCAUCGUCAGACUAAAGACAACGGAGUAGAGUUUAUCAUCUAUAGAGUGACCAAUAACUAAAAACAAUGAACCCUCUAUUGUUCAAAAUUUUCAUAAAAAAUGGCACUAAAGAAAUUCUUAAGAUUUUAAUAUCAGCAAAAAAAAAACUCCUGCUGUUUUUAAUAUUGAAUAUAAAACACAUAUCACACAUUGAAUAUAAUAGUCGAAUAAUCUUGUUUAUAUACAUAAAUAUAAUUUUUCAUUAUAAAGACAAAUACUAAAACCGUCCAAUUUUAUUUAGACUUUAGACUUUUUAUAAAUGUUAAUUUUUAGUUUAAAACCAAACAAAAUGUUGAACAACGUAUUAUAGGUUUUAUGUACGUUAAAUAUUGUGCCUUGUUUUAAUAAAUUUACUUAUUUUGAUAACAAAUUUUAUAGAAUCAUGUUGUAAAUUUACUAAAACUUUUCAUAUAGUUCUUAUAGUCUAAAUUUUAUAUAAAAUAUCAUAUAGUGUUUAAGUUAUAAGUAUUUUUUUUUUGUCCAUUUUAUGUUUUGUAGUUGCAAUUUUAUAUAAGCAAUCAAAUUUUUACACUGCAAAAAAAAUGUUUAUACAUAAUUAUUAUUUACAUUACUUUUUUAAAAUUUUAAUAAAAUAUAAAGAAACAAUAAACAUAUUACAAUAAAA